AUGUUCAAAAAGUUCACAGUGAAGGAAGAUGUGGCCUCGAACACGAUCAUCAAGUCAUCCACCCAACGAGCCAUCCGGGCCAAACUCAGCCAACAGUUUCCUGCCCUCAACCAUCCUAUCCUCCUGCUCGACGAUCCUCAGAACCCACCACAAAGCGAUUCCCAGUCCUCUGCUCCUACGGUCUCACCCGAGACUCCGGAAUUGACGCUCCUCGAAUUCCUGUGGCCCAAAAAAGAAUCGCUCAAUCUACUCAAAUGUAGAGAACAUGUCUCCAUCUUGGUCUGUAAAAAAACCCCGCUCUUCUUCCAACAUUUCGACGGCCCAUAUUUCCCGACAUUAAAGCUAUUACACCAAUAUCCGAUGUUAUUACCGACAGUGCAAGUAGAUCGAGGGGCGAUCAAGUUUGUGCUUUCGGGGGCGAACAUAAUGUGUCCGGGAUUGACCUCAGCGGGCGCCCGCUUACCGCCGGAGCUGCCCCUCCAUACCCCCGUCGCCGUGCUUGCCCAGGACAAAUCGCUCCCCUGUGCCGUCGGCUUCACCCAGAAAUCCGCCGCGGAUAUGCGCUCCCAAAAUAAGGGCGUCGGGGUCGAUAACGUCCAUUGGCUUGGCGACGAUCUUUGGCUCAUCGACGAGAUUUAA